GUUUAUAUCGAUAGAAUUCUGGAAUAUAGUGUAGAAUCUGACCCUGCUUUUCAACUAAGUCCAGAAAUAGUUGAAGCCAUAGAUUCUGUAUGGAAUGAUCCGAUAAUAACAGAAGUUCUCGAGAAGCAAAGCCAUUUUUAUCUGAUGGAUUCUGCACCUUACUUUUUUGAUGCGGUAAGGCGAAUUGGGACUCAAGGUUAUAUUCCAGAUGAAGCCGAUGUACUUCGGGCUCGAACCAAAACUACAGGGAUAUCUGAAACAAGAUUUAACAUGGGUACACUAAGCAUACACAUGUUUGAUGUAGGAGGCCAAAGGUCAGAACGAAAAAAAUGGAUUCAUUGUUUUGAAGCCGUGACGUCUAUUAUUUUUUGCGUCGCUCUCAGCGAAUAUGACCAAGUUCUUUUGGAACAAACAGGCCAGAAUCGUAUGAAAGAAAGCCUUGUACUAUUUGAAUCUGUAAUUAAUAGCCGAUGGUUUCUGCGAACAUCUAUCAUUUUGUUUUUAAACAAAAUAGAUUUGUUCAAAGUCAAGGUACCCCGAGUACCUCUCAAAGAUUAUUUUCCUGAAUAUUUAGGAGGUGCCGACGUUAAUAAAGCCGCGAAGUAUAUAUUAUGGAGAUUUACCCAAACUAAUCGUGCCAGACUAAACAUAUAUCCACAUCUCACACAAGCGACUGAUACAUCGAAC